AUGUCUGACAAGACAGGGCCCGCGUGGGGCAGAUUAGCGAUCGAGCAAUACUUUAUGGUAGAUUUCUAUCGUGAUCUUUCCCUUUGGUAUCUUGCUAACUCUACAACGCUGAACUGGGAUUCCUCCUCGACCGAAACCCCAGACCAGCAACGAUGCAGGCUGGUCACUGAAUUUCUUAGCAUCAAUAUCCUUCCUCUUGACUUAUUUCAUAUACCGGAGCGCCUUCCGGUUCAUACUAGUCUUGGGUCAUUGCGGCUGCCUACAGCGGAAGAGAUUGAUAUAAUUCUUCGACCUUAUCGCUCAGAGGAACUGCGAUGGCAUGCAAUGAAUGCAUAUACAGAUGAGAUAUGUCCCCAUCUCUUGCGUACUUAUUAUAGUGCCGAGGACCAGCGAGCUAAAGAUGAUGCGCAAAUGGAAAAGUGGAUUUACUCGGAAACAUUCUGUGAAGAAGCCGAGUGGGCUGUUCUCGACAAUGAGAACUUGUUCAACUUCGGUCCGGGUCCUGAAGAUUGGUGUCAAAUCUAUGACAUCCUCCCCGAGCUCGCUGGUCCGCUUUCAACUGAAAACUUUCUCCCUUACAACGGAAAAAUUUCAGUUAAACGAUGUCUCGAGCCAACCGAUUUCAAGGAAAUGCAUUCUUAUUUCAGAAGGGAUCUUGCUAGCAUGAAAAAAGAGGACCCUGAAGCGUGGCAUCGCGACCCGAAUUCAGUCAUUGAAUCGGCUGGAAUGGGAUUACAGAGAAUGGCCUCAAGCACGUAUAUACUUAUUGCAGAUGAGGAAGCCUUUCGAUCUGGAAGUCUCCUAGUGCUUUAUUUAGACGGCUUACGAAGGGUGGUCCGCGGAGGUCGGAUUGAUGAAGAACAUGAUAUCGCUAAUAUCGUCGGGAUAUGGAUGUGUACAGCUGACCUUAUGGAACACUCGACCAUCUCGGAGAGAUAUCUUGUUGAUGGUGACCUUGGACGCGAAUUAUAUCAAUUGAAUGAGGAGCUCCUUGGAGAUCUGUGA